CGGUACCAAGUACUCGUACAUUACUACGUCUUAGUUCUCGUCGUGCGAGGAAGACAGAAAACCAUUGUGGGAGCGAACGUGUGAGUGUUGAACUUGGAAGAGCCCAAACGAAGUGAGAAGAGAAACACCGAGACACCACGAGACAGAGCAAAGCGCCCACUCCAGCAAUCCCACCAGCGCCAUGACCAUCGUCGGGAACACCCGUUCCUCGAGGGACGCCCUGGCCUUUCUCCGGUCGGUCAAGCCGAAGGACGGCUGGUCGAUCCAGGAGAACGACGGCGGGACCUCCGUCCGGCUGCUCCGGAGGAACGUCCCCCUCACGGAAGAAUCCUUCCGGGACGUCCACUACGAUCCCUCCCGGAACGCCGUCGUGGGCGUCGUGUCGAGCGACGCCUCGGUCUGCCGGGUCCUGGUGGACGGGGCCACCGGCCGGCCCGUCCCGAAGUCCGAGGGGCACGUCUCCUGCUCCGGCUCCUACGGGGGGCGGAGGGCCCUGCCGGAAUCCACGGACCGAGACCGGGCCGGCAAUCCCGGGGGCGGGAGCGGUGCCCGUGCCCGUGCCCGUGCGUCCGGAUCCUCCUUCUUCGACGGCCUCUCGGACCUGUUUUCCGGCGGGGAAACAGAGCCGGCCCCCGCUGGCAGAAGGACCAGCAGCAACACCAACCGCAACACCAGCAACAACGUCCGCGGGAUCCGAACCAGCGGCAGCAGUUCCGCCAGCAACCCUUCCGAGGCUCCCCCCAACCCCUUGGCGGGCCUUUCGGAGGAAGACCAGCAGCGCUACCUCAAGUACGCCGCGAUGGGCCUCGGCGCCUGGACCGCGCUGAGGGCCCUGUCGGCGAUCCUCUCGGAGGCGCUCUGGCUGGCCCUCUUCCUUCCCGGCCUCUACUGGUACGGCGUCCAGACCCGGCCGGCCGACUCGUCCUUCGACACCAAGAAGGAGGUCAAGCGCGUCCUGCGGGGACACCACCUGCCGGACGACCACCCCCAGAAGCCCCAGCGGGCCAACCCCCUCGAGUGGUGGACCGCCAAGAUCGCCGCCAGCCUGGCGACGGAGGUGGGGGCGGCCUCGGGGGGCUACGCCCUGGAGCUGACCCCGCUGCUCGGGGGGGUGGCCACCCACGCCCGCGUCGUGCUGCCAGCGCUGGGGCUGGCCUGCGAGUGGAUCGGAUGCCACCACACCUGGUACCACCUGCGGACGACCGAGGCGUCGGAGUGAGCGAGCGAUUCGCGCUUUGCGGGGCCGCGCGGUUGCACCUUGGCAGUGGCUCGGGUUUGUCGUUGGCCCGCGGAGAAGAAAUGCGUUGCCGCGCGGCGGCCCUUGCCGCGGCGGUUGUCUCUCGCGCGGAGGGUGGUGGUGGUGCUUGGAUGCCCCGGUGCCCGUUGCAUGGCGGUGUGUCGGGUUGCCCUGUGAUGCGUUGUGUUGUGUUGUGCUGCCCCACGCCUCGUUCGACGGUUCCAUCCAUUCGUCCCGUCCAUCCGGAGCUGCCUGCUGCGACGGUGGAUCCCUCCGUUCCCUCACGAGUUUGUGGCACGACGGGCUUCUGGAAUCCGAGCGAGCGAGAAAGGAAUUUGAUUUUUUAUGCUAUAGCGACUAUCCCCUUGCAAUAGUGCAAGAGGCCUAGGAAUCGCUACGUUUUGAAACGCAUGCGGUGUAUCUAAUAGAAUAAAUGCUAGAAG